CUCACAUGCAGUGGUCAGUGGGAGUGUUCGCAAGUUGGAAGCGGCAGCUACAGUCAGACACACUGUCAUAAUCAACUGUGUUCAACAACUGUUUUAUUUAGCUGUGCUCUCUGAUCCGCCAUGAAGCUGUAUGAGAUCGUUCCACUGUGUGCUCUGUUCACCCUCACCCAACAGGCAGCUUUGCGUGAUGAGUGUUCGUGUGAGUUGAUUAAUUCAGAGAAGGCAUUCCCUCAUGACAAACUCAGCGCCGUGGAGGACUCUGUAUCAAAAUGCAACAGCAACAUCACCCCGCAGAAGACUCUGGAGCUGGAGAGUCUGCUGCUGGGUUUGGCGCAUCGUCUGCCAAAGCUACAGGAAGACGUGUCCAUGCUGGAGAAGGAGGAUGAUGGAGAGCUCUAUGCAGUUAUCAGCCUGCAGGUGAUAGAGAAUGAACUGAUGGAGAUCAAGCAGCUCAUCGACAGGCUCAACAGCAGCACCCUAGGACACGAGCGACUAACUGCUGACACUGCUAAACAGCUGGAGGACCUGAAAGCAGAGAUGCAGGAGAUGGAGACGUACGACACCAUGCAGGUGGUAAAGACACAACAAGUCAACCAACUUCUGAAGAAAGACCUGGACCAGUGCAGGACUCAACCUGACCCUGCACACCAGUCCACAAAGCCUCCACGUGGUAACUGCCCCCACGGUCAAUUUCUGAACAUUACGGGGCCGAUUGUGUACACAGCAGGAGAGUACCCUGGCUCCUACAAGUAUGGAUCCUGGGGUCGAGAUCCCAAACCACAGGCGGGGAAGGAGAGCUGGCAUUGGCUGGUAAUGUUGACCUCCAGCAACCAAUUCUCCAACUACGUCCGUCUCUACUCCAGCCUGAGCGCUCUCAUUGUUGGGGUGAGCACACCAGGUAAUGUCUUGAUCAGCCCUUCUAACCCAACCACCAACACCAUCCAGGGUCCAAAUGUUGUGCUGUACGGAGAGGCCUUGUACUACAACUGUUACAACCAAGAUGCUGUAUGUCGAUUCAACCUCACCACCAAAACUAUUACCUCCUUACAACUACCCAAAGGAACCAGGUUUAACUCAAAGGGUAACUUCUGCCACCUUGAUGGAUGCUACCCGUUCACUGAUCUGGACCUGGCGACAGAUGAGUCAGGCGUCUGGGUGAUCUAUACCACUACCCAGGACUUUGGCAACCUGGUGCUGUCCAAGGUGGAGGAGGGUGAACCGCUGAGGCUCGGCCAAACCUGGCACACCUCAGUCUACAAACAGGGGGUGACCAACACUUUCAUGGCCUGCGGUGUGCUCUUUGCGACACGAUACGUCAACAAAGACGUGGAGGAGAUCUUCUAUUUGUUUGACACCAUAACAGGCAAGCAAAGGUUCAACGUUGGGGUCUUCAUCAACAAGAUGUCUCCCAACAUUCAUGCCCUGAACUACAGCCCAGUAGACCAGAUGCUACAUGCUUACUGUGACUCCUUCAUGGUCUCCUAUAAGGUUUUGUUUGAGUAAAUUGAUAAUGCUAAGCAUUUUCCAUAAAAAUAGUGACCAGCACAAAAAGAUAAAGGUGAUUCCGUACUAAAGACCAUCAAAAAGCAUUGGGGUGUGUGAAAUGACCUAAAUGUAAAUGUAAAUGUAAAUGUACAUGGUAAAUUUGAUAUAAUGUACAUUUGCACUCCAAAACUCAGUUCUCUCUGUAGCGCAGUAGUAUGAACUGUGGUGGACAUUAUAAAUAAAGGUCCUGAAACAAUAAGUCUUGGUUUUUUUUACAAACCUUUACAAAGGGGUUCAAUCACACAGCAUGUUUCUGCAAUGACUGACAAAAGGGGAACAAUAUUAACUCAGCUUAUGCCCUGCCAUUACAGACCGGUUGCAGCUGCACAGAUGUGAGACUCAAAACCUGUCUUAGUGGUUCUGGGACCCAUUUACAGUGUGUACAGCUCUCUCAGCUACCUUAACUGGUGUCUGCAUGGUUAGCAAUACAUGGAAUGACCCAGUCCACCUUUUGGAUCUUUAGCGGUCUGCCAAACAAGAUUUCAAAUGGACUAAGGCCAUUCCUGCUUCUUACCCUUGCCUUCCCCUUUGCAUUAAGAGAAUGGGGAGAGCCUUUGUCCAUGAUAGACCUGUUUCAUCACAACAUUUUGGUAGUUUGAUUUUUAAUGUGCCGUUUCCUCUUCCAACAACGCCACCACUCACUUGGUGAUGAGUGCAGUGUUGUCUCAUAGUAAUGCCUAGAUACUUACCAACUUGUUUAAGUGGUGGCACAAGCGGUGUUGCGAUGUCACUGCUGAUUUUAGCAGGCAUCUUUACCAUGUACAGUAAAUGGAUGGCAAAUGGACUGCAUUUAUACAGCGCUUUUCCAAUCUUUGUGAUCACUCAAAGCGCUUUACAACACGUCAGAAUUCACACACUCACACACAUUAAUACAGAGUCAGAGGCUCCAUACAAGGUGCACAGCAGCUCGUCAGUAGCUGUGCCAUGUAUGGAUGAGAAGUCCUGAAACAAUAUGUCUGUUAAUUACAAACCUUUGUAAAGGGGUUCAAUCACACAGAUCGGUCUGCAAUAACUGACAUAAGCUGCAUAAAAGUGAGAGACAGAACCAGUAAAUCAGACUUGUUUCUGGAAUCAAAUAAGAGUCAUAUGUCAGUGUUUUUCCAUUGUUGAGAAGUUGCUUUACAUAACAGUUGUCAGUUCUUGUCACGCACAUAGAAAUGCACAUUUUCAUUACAGUGUGGUAACAUUACAUUAGGAUUUUCCAGAAUCAAACUGUUUGCAUAAGGUGAGGAAGAGAUGCUAACCAUAUGAUGUUCAUAAAUGAUUUAAAGUUUGAAGUUCAGCUGUACGCUCAUGUGUGUAGCAGUUGCUCUCUUUGAGGGGUGGCAUCUGUCUGGUAAAUAAUAUGAAUCUCAGAUAUACAUCAAGAAACUGUGAUUUUGUCACAGCAGAGUUGAGAGCUGUGCUGCUCACCAUACUGUAUAUUAAAAACAUGUUAACAUAAUGAUGUCAAAUGAUCAAACGACUCCAUAAAACUUCAGACAUAAAGUCUUUAUUUCUUACUUGUUACUUUAUCAGUACAUGGACAGACACAGCUUACUUUUUAUAUUUAUUUGUAUGUAAUAUAUUUAAACCUUACAUUACAUGACAGAAAAGUAGGUAAGAGUCCUUAUACUGAACAGAAACAACUCAUAGGAAGACUUCCACAAUAUGAAACAACCAAACGAGAAAAAAAGAACUUAUUGCUCAAUACAAAUCAAUCAUAAUGGCAGUAUGAAGAAGAAGAAGAAGAAGAAGAAGAAGAAGAAGAAGAAGAAGAAGAAGAAGAAGAAGAAGAAGAAGAAGAAGAAGAAGAAGAAGAAGAAGAAGAAUAGUAGUAGAACACAUGAACCAAUAUCCUUAUACGAAGAUGAGGUUUUCUUCAUAAUACAGUAGUGUUAGAGUGUUCGGUUUGGGUUACUUGCUCUAUAAAUAAAAAAAUAUCUACAAGUGCAAGGAGGACCAAGGUCUAUACAACGUGAUCAAUCGCCAUCGUACAGGACCUGUCAACUUUCACAAAUGUCUUCUGAACUUCACUAUUUAUAGACCUUGUGGGGGAGCAGGAAGGAUAUGGGUUUUCAUAUACAGGGUUAAAUGUCAAAGAUGUGCGGCAGGGAUAGAAGUGCAAACUAUAGUGAGGGGUUCUGAGAGGCGUAGGUUGACAAUACUGUA